AAGCAGAGCUCGACGACCGCGUUUGCGUUCACACACCGGCUUUGUGCUUCAGGUUGUUUUUCCUUGCACUUUAUUUGCAUACGCGUUCUGCUUUUUCCUCCUGAUGUGGACCAAAUUAGAACAGUGUUUCUGUUUUUAGCUCGGGUUGAUAUAGUGAUAAGAAACAUUAUACAGACGUGUUGUGGUGGCAGCUGCUCAGUUUGGAUCUCCUCCGUUAAAGCGCAGCGUUUGCCCAGAGAAGAUGAGCUCGUAAUGAGGUGUCUGCUCAUACCGUGGUUGUUUUUCGAAUGGAGUGGACCUCAUGACCACAGCGAUGUCUGCCAGUAAAUCUGCAGCUAGAAGAGCUAUUCUACAGACCUCACGGGUUAGAUGGAAGACGGAUCAGUGUGAGAUUAUUCCGAUUAUCACUUCUGACACGAGGAAGUGUGAUGAAGACAGCGUAGAGCGCUGGCUCACCACCAUCUCAGGAGAAGGCAGUACGAAACCAGAGGUUGUCCUGGAGACCGCAGAGAAGGCUAUAAGGAGAAAUGAGAGUGGAGAAGAUGAUCUGGCACUGGGAGUGGAAGCAUCUUUAUAUGGCAAACGCUCUCUCAGGAAUGUACAGGAUAUUUUAAGGUCAUCUCUAGAUUCUCCUGGUCUGUCCAGGUGGAACAGUUUUGCAUCGACUGUCUCAAUACCAUCUGAUGUCAGUGUAAUGGACGUGUUGAAUGUACUAAAGGAUGACCCUGAAGAAUUGUUGCUAGAUUUGGGUUUUGGCACUGAGGAGCCCGACAUCACUGGGAGAAUCCCGGCCCGAUUCCUCAAUUACGAGUCCAGCGCUCGUGGCAUUAGCUAUCAGCUCUUUCUGGAAGCUCAGCAGAACCGAAUGGAUGUUGAAAAUGCGGAUGUCAGCAAUAGGUUUAGACAGCUCGAGGUUCUUCAACAGGUGACGACAACCUUCUCCUCUCUGGUUGGUGCUCACGAUGCGGACACAUCUACAGCUUCCCAGAAGUCCGCAGAGGCCCGGGAGAGGAGAAAACGCAUGGUCAUGAUUCUCCGUAGGGCCUCCAAAAAGAGCCUCAGCCAAGCCCAAACGUCACAGAACCAGCACACCAUCCCUUCCGUGACCCCCUCAGCCCCAUCCGGCCCAGAAUCCACUGGCACACCAAAAGCAGAUAAAAGGAACCCUUCAAAACGCACAAGGAUGUCGGACAAUAAUCUCUUCCCUCUAAAAGAGGAGCAGAGUGUUAAUUCGGAGUCAGCUGAGCCGGUUCUUAACAGCCAAACGGCAAGAGGAACAUCAGAUCUUCAGAAACUCAACCUUAUCAAUUCAACUGAGGGAAUUCUCCAACGACCUAUUGAAUCUUUCGAGCUGGAAGAGAUCCAGAGUUUUGAUGAAGGAACCAUUCCUGGGAGCUGUAAUGGCCCAGUGGAUCCUGGAGGUGAACGAAUCGGGUCUUACGUGAUGAGAACAAACAGUUGUCAGUCUGAUAGCAGUGGCUUCCAAGAGGAGCCCUUCAUACCUGCGCUGUCCCAGCAGAACAACCCUGGACCAGAGCUCAUGAAGAUGCUGAAUGCAAUAUCACAAGAUAGCACAGAAGGUCAGCAGAAGAGAUCAGAACAGCGAGAGGCGGAGGAUCCCUCCACAUAUGAACAGAACUGUGAAAAACAAUCGAACCAAAAACACUCUCCUACGACAGACUCUGGAAAAACUGCAGACUCUGGAAAUAUAUUUGACUCUGAGUCGGGAGAACUGAAUCAAAUAAUGACUGAAAAAGAAUACUCUUUGUCAUCAGAUAUUAGUAAAGUUAGCAAUAAUCAUGUUUAUACUCUAGCAUACUUUGUUCAAAUGGAUCCUGUUGGUUAUCAGACUGACAUUUAUAACAGACCGCAAGGAUCAGAAAGUCCAGGCCGACACGUUUAUAGGGAAGGCAUGUCGCUGUUUGAGGAACUGAAAUCUGCUGAGACAAACUCCCAACUGUGUCCUACUGAUCUGAAGACAGAUGUUAUGGAAAAUGUGGUGGACAGCUUUACAAAUCAUCUUGAAGUAGGCAAGCGAGAUCCAGUCAUGCAGGAAUAUCCAGCAUCUACCCAGAGCAAAAUCAUGACCUCUGAUGAUCCUUCUGAACACAAUUCCUCCACUGCGCUUAAACUCAGGAGAGAAUCUUUCUCCAGGAAGUCCCGGUCUGACAUGGUCACGGAUAAUGACUCGGGAACAGCACAGACACCCACGACACAAACGCCGUUCACAUCUGUGGACACAUCUCCUCCUCACUUGUGGAACUCUGCGGAAUAUUCUGCCGAUCUUGGAGGUUUGCGAACGCGGUCGAUAUCUCUCGACACGGGACUGUCGUAUGAGGAGGAGGAUCACAAAUUGCAGGGAGCAUUGUGGGCAGGGACACAGCGAUGUUUCCAUUGCGGGUCUCAAAUCAACUACGACAACAGCUGGGCAAAACCUCAAGCUGAGCUGUCCUCCAGUCUGCCUUACUCUCUGGAUGAGCUCGAAGACAUGGUGAAAUGUUUGAGGAAGUUCCGAACAGUUCUGACGGAAAUUGAAACAAGACUAGAAGAGGAACAAGCAUCCGUGCUCGGAUCCCUGUCAGACUCCCACAGGGAGGAAGUGGAAGAUGUUUUUAGGCUACGAGCAGCUGUCAAACAGGAAGCUGGGAUGCUUGAAGAGCAGCUGUCGGAUCUGGUGCAUCACUAUGAUGGUAGCAUCAAAAUGAAGCUGAAUCGGCUCAUGGAUGAACAGUCACAGCUGUGCACCCAACUGCGAAUUACACCCUCUAAUACACCCCAUUCAGAUCCCACCUCGACCAGGAGUGUGGCUAUUCAAUGCUGCCUGCUGCCCGUGACGUCCAGUCCACAGAGAUGUGUCCAUCAUCACUGCACCAGAGCAGCAUGUCGAGAUCCACACCGGUUCCCUUGUCAAACCCAGUGGGAGGCCAAUUGCAAACCAGACAGACUGGACUUAGUAGCUUUUAUUAAAAGUCUGAAAAAUUCAUUACAACAUUCAAUCAACAGUAACUCACUGGAAUAAGUAAUGCAGUGAUGAAGACCUGAAGAGCCUUAUCAACUCCCUUACAGCUGCUCAAGAGUCAUAAAGUGCUGACUCUUGAGUUCAGAACUAAUAAAGAAUCAUGUAUAUAAAUCAUUAUCGUGUGUCCAGAUGAGUUUAUAUGUGCACACAUGAUCUUAUGUAGCACAAGCCUCCUCCCAGUAGCCCUAAAAGCUCUCUUUCCCUCUCCCUCCUUGUCUUGUUGUCUGUAAUAAACCCCUUCACUUCUUCAUGAUAGUGCUGUACUGACCGUAUAAGGAAACUGCUGCUGAAGAACCAGAGCUUCCUCUCUCCUCCGGUGGACGUGGACGACACAGUGCUGGUUCUCCUGUCUGACUGGACGAUGAUCUGAUGGUUCCUGAGACGCUUUCUGAGAGUUAUGGCCCAAUCUCAGGAAACAAUAUUUGCUGUGGAAAAUUGAAGUAAUUUCAAAAAUACUUAUA